CUCCGUCACGGUGGUUUUUCCACCGCCGCCGCCGCCACCUUCCCCUUCCUCCUCUGCUGUCUCCGCAGUGAGGUCACGGGUGGGCGGUGCGUCAGCGGCGGCGGUGGCGGCUGGUGCUCCAGUCUCGGGGACAGCCGGAGCGCCCUGCUGGGAUGCACGAUUCUGUGAAAAAUGGACAGAAAUACGAGUUACUAGUCUGAGAAGUUAAUUUGGCUGAUGGCCAAGAUCUUGCUUUCAUUUUUAAACCUUGGAGUUGGAACACUGAUAUUCACUAUGGUCCUCACCCUUACAGCUACCCCUAGCAUUGCGCGAACGACUUCGGAGUUUGUUGAUGCGCUAACGUCAACAGUAUUGAAGGUGGAAAACUUAGUUGCUCAGUGAAUACACAGCCUUGUGGUCCAAUAUUCCUGAAUAAAAGGAAUCUGCUACAUAAAGCUCCUGCCCCAUUAACAUAUAGAACAUCAGUGGUUCUGUGUUGUUAUGUUCAGAUGGAGGCAAAUGUGAAGGUCCUGUGUGUUUAUAAAAAUGGCGAAAUCCAUCAAAGCGUCUAGACUUUGUACCAAAUUACAGUUUUCUAUUGGAUUAAAUCAUUGGGUCAUUUUCAAAACCAGUGAUUCAAGAGAGUGAGCAAAACCUUUUUCUACGUGGAUUGAGUUGUACUUUUUAUAUCAGUACACUGAAGAAAUAUUUUUUAAGAUGACAGAUAUUUCUAAGUAACCCCUCUUCUUUAAUUGCUGUGCUAUUAAAUGCAAAGCAGUGAAAGCAGCUGAAUGUCUAUCAUAUAACUGAAAAUAACUAGAACCUGACAUUUGAAAGGGCUACUUUAGAUCAAAGUGCAGAUCUGCCUAUCUAAAAUUUAGGUAUGGAAGCUCCACAGAUAAAUUUUCCUUUGGAUCAUCAGGCGAAGCCUAAGGGAGCCAUGAUUCAAGAAGACGGCAGCCCUCCCGCAAAAAAAGCAAUGACAGAAAUGCAUGUAAAAGAAAAGGUUCAGUCUGUGAUAAAUAAGCUGACGACAAUAAAGACGGAACACUUGGAUGAGUGUGAGGAAAAUGUUAUGGAGGACGGAGAAGAAGAGGCCAAGCCAAACAUUGCUGCAACACCUGAGCCUUUGAACUUAAAUCCUGGGUUAAAACACACACUGGCCCAAUUCCACUUAAGCAGCCAGAGUUCGCUGGGGGGUCCAGCAGCGUUUUCGGCUCGCCACUCCCAAGAAAGCGCGUCUUCUGUCUUCGUACCCCUCCCAUCACCCCAGAUCCUUCCUGGUCCGCUGCUUGUUCCUUCAGACAGUUCUACGGAAUUAACUCAGACUUUAUUGGAAGGGGAGUCUAUAUCUUGUUUUAAAGUCGGAGGGGAAAAGCGACUCUGCCUGCCUCAAGUCUUGAACUCUGUGCUCCGCGACUUUUCUCUGCAGCAAAUUAACACCGUGUGUGAUGAACUCUACAUCUAUUGUUCUCGGUGCACUUCUGACCAGCUUCACAUUUUAAAGGUUCUGGGAAUCCUUCCGUUUAAUGCUCCGUCUUGUGGACUCAUCACACUGACUGAUGCUCAGAGACUAUGCAACGCAUUGCUGCGUCCUCACGCUUUCCCUCAAAAUGGUAGCUUGCUCCAUGCAAAAAACUCCUUGGCCCAACUGAAAGAAACUGGCAGUGCCUUUGAAGUAGAGCAUGACUGUUUGGGCAAGGGCCAGGGCUUAUUUGCGCCACAGUUUUACCUUCAGCCAGAUUCUCCUUGUAUCCAGUGUUCAGAAUGCUUUGGAAUGUUCUCCCCGCAGACGUUUGUGAUGCAUUCUCAUCGUUCUCCAGAUAAGAGGACCUGUCACUGGGGCUUUGAAUCAGCCAAGUGGCACUGCUAUCUCCACGUUAACCAAAAAUAUUUAGGAACUCCAGAAGAGAGAGAUUUGAAGCAUCUCCUGGCAGAAAUGAAAGAGAAGUUUAGUGUGAAAAGUCAGAAGACCCAGACUAAAGCAGAUUCUCAGUAUAACCUAGAAUUCCAACAGUGGUAUCCAGUCGUAAAGCAAGAAGCAGAAACUGUUAAUCAGCCCCACUCAUUUAUGCACCCCAGCUACUACUUUUACAUGUGCGACAAAGUGGUUGCUCCCAACGUAUCUCUUACCUCUUCCGUAUCUCAAUGUAAAGAAGCUUCAAAAACAGCAGAGAAGAUUACAGAAGUAAUCAAAUCUCUACCUGGGCAGUCGGGAAAACAGCACAGUGUCGCCAAGCGCAAAAAAGCCAUUUUAUAUCAAGAUAACUCUCUUGAAGCACCAAGCAAAGUUGAUGUGAAACUUGACAUGGAAGUAUGUCCUGGUUUAGAGCAGCCAGUAUCUACCAAACCUACGAAUAGAAGGAAAGCUGAACAAACCCUCUCCAAAAUAACCGUAGAGAAUACACAGGCAGAAUUAAACAGCAGUGAACAAUUGUCAGCUCAGACUCUUACUAAUGAUAUUGGUUGCGACGAUGACAAAGGGAAAAUUAUGGAAGAAGUCAUGAAAACAUACAUAAAGCAGCAAGAAAAGCUACAUACGAUUUUGCAAAAGAAGCGGCAUCUCCAGAUGGAAGUAGAAAUGUUAAGUAGUUCAAAAGCCAUGAAGGAAUUAACAGAAGAACAACAGAACUUGCAAAAAGAGCUUGAAUCUUUGCAGACUGAACAUGCCCAAAGAAUGCAAGAAUUUUAUGUUGAGCAGAGGGACUUGGAGAAAAAAUUAGAGCAAGUAAUAAAGCAGAAGUGUACCUGCAAUUCUAACUUGGAAAAGGACAAGGAAGCAGAGUAUGCAGCUCAGUUGGUGGAGCUGAGACAGAGGCUGGAUUACGCCGAAGCAGACAGACAAGAGCUGCAAGACGAACUGAGGCAGGAGCGAGAGGCAAGACAAAAAUUAGAGAUGAUGAUCAAAGAACUGAAGCUUCAGAUCCAGAAGUCUUCAAAAAGCAGCAAAGGGAAAUAGCCUGCUCAGCAGACCAAGCCUGCGUCUGCAUUACCCCAACACGGUUAAUAUGUGGAGGAGAAGUCAAGUCAUGGGAAGGUAUUGGGGACGGUCCACAGGGGGUGUCUCUUGUGCAAGCAGAACCAUCUAAGUUGGGGUCGUGUGACCUCCAGCAACUUUGACGAAGGUUUGCACCAGAGAAAUUCCCAGUAAAUUGUGCCCAAUGUAUACAUGUAAAUCUAUCUUGAUAUACUUCUGUACAGUUUGCAGGUUGACAAAAAUCUGUACCUGUGCUGCUGCUGCUGCUGGUCUGGUUUUUUUUUUUUUUUACAGUUAUGAGCAGCAUAGAAAGCUUGUGCUUUACGAUGCUCAGUGUUUUAUAUUGCAAGCUGUCUUGAGUGCUCCAGAACUUAACCGAAAGCAGCUUCCUUUUACUCAAAGUAUGCCGCCUCCACGUUACUUGCUUUUUGUUGCAUGAGAUCCAUUUACAUAAACUUUUCCAAUAGUUCCCGGAAGUUAAACCAGAGGAAACCAUUUGAGGUCGAAGAGACAUUGCGUGGGUCUGCUUUGACGUUGUGAUGGGAAGAGAAUUGGCGACUGAAAAAAAUCUAUUCCGCAGUCUCAAGACUUUUCCAAAUGCUGAUUUUUCCCCUCCCAAAACUGUUCACUUUUGCUGUCUAUGCCAAGAAUUAUUUGUUAAAUGCCAAAUGUCAAUUUAUUUUGGUACCCUUUCGAAUCCUGUUAUGAAACAGGCGUUACCGAAACGGAGCUGUAGACGUUUAAAGUACCAAAACCAUCUGUUGACUUUCACUCAUUGUUGAAGAGAGCCUUGUAGGGAAUUUUGAUACUGUCCUUGGAACAAAUUACUAAAUACCAAUGGAGCUUGAAAA